GUCACCGAAUCGACUGGCUACUGGCGCCGGGGCCGCGCAUGCGCUGCGCUGCCUCUCCCGGGCGCUGAUUCCUGAAUGCUGAGCGCGAACUCGAGGAGAUGAACCCUUUAACUAAGGUGAAGCUGAUCAACGAGCUGAAUGAACGAGAGGUCCAGCUUGGGGUGGCCGAUAAGGUAUCCUGGCACUCCGAGUACAAGGACAGCGCCUGGAUCUUCCUGGGAGGGCUUCCUUAUGAACUGACUGAAGGGGACAUCAUCUGUGUGUUCUCACAAUAUGGGGAGAUUGUUAACAUUAAUCUCGUGCGGGACAAGAAAACUGGGAAAUCCAAAGGAUUCUGUUUCCUCUGCUAUGAAGACCAGAGGAGCACAAUUCUGGCCGUCGACAAUUUUAAUGGGAUCAAGAUCAAAGGAAGAACUAUCCGAGUGGAUCAUGUAUCUAACUAUCGGGCUCCUAAAGACUCAGAAGAAAUGGAUGAUGUGACCAGACAGCUCCAGGAGAAGGGCUGUGGGGCUCAUACCCCCUCACCAAGUUUGUCUGAGAGCUCUGAAGAUGAAAAACCAACAAAAAAGCACAAAAAAGACAAAAAGGAAAAAAAGAAAAAAAAGAAAGAAAAAGAGAAAGCCGACCGGGAGGUACAGGCAGAGCAACCAUCCUCUUCGUCACCCAGACGCAAGACAGUAAAGGAAAAGGAUCACCCUGGCCCUAAGAAGCACAGCAGCAAGAACUCGGAGAGAGCUCAGAAGUCAGAGCCCAGGGAGGGGCAGAAGCUCCCCAAAUCCAAGAUGGCCUACUCUGGUGGAGCAGAGGACCUAGAGAGGGAGCUGAAGAAGGAGAAACCCAAGCACGAGCACAAGUCCUCAAGCAGACGGGAGGCAAGAGAAGAAAAGACCAGGAUUAGGGACAGAGGGCGGAGCUCAGAUGCACAUUCUAGCUGGUACAAUGGGCGUUCCGAAGGGCGUAGUCACAGAAGUAGAAGUAGGAGCCGAGAUAAAUCCCAUAGGCAUAAAAGGGCCCGGCGCUCCCGGGAGCGGGAGUCUUCGAAUCCCAGUGACCGUAGGCGUCACUGAAGACUGUUCAGCUGCUCAGUAGAUUUGGAAAUAAUUAUGUUUUUUAAAUGCAGUCAAAUUCAGUUGGGUUGUUACUAUUUUUGUAUCUAAAACUUCUGGGGCUGGAUUCUUUUAAUCCCUUGAGUAUUAGAGUCAUUGGAAGGGCUGCAGUUUCAACAGCUAGAUAUCGUGGAUAUUCUUUGCACCAUCCAUUGUCCCUGUACCAGAGUAUGUAUUGUGAAUUUUCGUUCAUAAAUAUGGCUCUUGAACCCAUAGACCCCAGUUGAAGAUGGAAUUUUCAGGAAAGGGAAAAUACCAGAUAAUUCUAGAAUUCUAGUCUUCCUGUUAGAUGUUUAUAGCCCAGCAUCUUGGGACCUUUCCAGUUACUAGGUUUGGACAGCUUGAUGUGAACGAAUGGGAUAGGAUUUUUAAAAUCAGCCAGCUCCAUGCCCAAACCCUCCUGUUUGCAGAACUUUUUAAUGUCUUUUUCAUUAAAACUUUUUUGUUUGAUAUGCCUCUUUCCACAUUUUUUCUUUGCAAUGUAUUUAUUAUUUAUUUGUAUUUAGGUGAAAUUCACAUAACAUAAAAACCAUUUUAAAGGGAACAAUUCGGUGGCAUUUGGUACUGAACAUCCACAGUGUUGUGUAACCAUUGCCUCUGUCUAGUUCCAAAACAUUUUUUAUCAUCCCAAAAUGGAACCCUGUACCCAUUAAAUAAGAACUCCCCAUUUCCUCCCUUCUCCUUGUCCCUAGCAACCACCAGUCGACUUCCUGUUUAUGGGUUUGCCUAUUCUGGAUCUUUCAUAAAAAUGGAAUUAUACAA